AUGAUUCCACCUACUCCAGAAUGGAAAGGCUGGAAAAAACCCCCAAAUGAUUUUAUUAAAAUCAGUGUGGAUGCAGCGGUCUCAAAAGGAAAUGUUGGAUAUGGGGCUAUUGCGAGAGAUGCAGAUGGUUUUGUUCUCGCAGGGUGUUAUGGCUUUGUUACUAAGGAUAUUGAAACAACUUGGGCGGAGCUUGAAGCGUUGACUAUGGGUUUGAAUCUGGCUUCAAAAUUAAAUGUGUCCAAGAUUAUCAUGGAAUCUGACAGUGCUAUCUUAAUUAAUAAAGUUAAAAAACAUGAUCAUGAUGUAACCAUCCUGGGCUGUUGUGUGCAAAAAGAAUGCGAGGUCUUUAGGAAUUUUGAGAUGGUCCAUUUUAAUUGGAUUAAUCGUAGCAGUAAUGAAGCUGAUGAUUUACUUUGUAAGCUUGCUAUAACGAACUGA